AUGACAACUUGGUAUUUCACCAUUCGUUUACCGACUUGUCCCGAUCGAUCCUCUGCGAUGCCUCUCGUUUCGUUACAACUGCCUGAGCCGAAAACUAUAGUGUUCGAACAGUGGCAAAUUCCAAAUUGGGUCCAACGAUUUAAUGUCAGUCACUUAUUCGAUUGGACUUGGCAUAAGAAUGGCGACUUUAAACGUUGUCGAGCAUCAAUAGUUCAAUCAUCGCAAUCAUCAGCAUGUAAGGCUGCAUCAGCAAUAGUUGUGAAUGAUGUUAUCGAUUAUUUUCACUCUCAUCCCAAUGAAGGAUGUAUUGUAGACAAUGUGGCUCGUCUGCCUAAUUUGAUUCCUCAUCCAUUACCUCGCGCUCGCUCUUUGACUGACACAUGUUCUUCACUUCAUAUCGAUCAUAAAUGGGUCAUAUGUAGUAAAUCGCAGUCGGAACUCGAUAAAUGGCUUCCAGCAACGAAACGAUUUGUAACUAUCGCCGUAUUCAAUGCAUUCAUCGACACAGGUCAUUGUCAUUCAGAAGUACCGGGAACAGUUUUUACUGACCGUGCCACUUUUCAUUUUCAACGAUGGACCAACAAAAGAUGCAGCAAUGAUUCCAUCUCUAACAUUCCACAAAUCAAAAAUGAAUAUCGACAUAUCGAAUUAAUCGACUCCAUUGGAAAUUAUCUUCCAGCACCAGGACAUUUUGCACCUCAGCAAUUACCACGAUUACUACGCUUGCUUGCUACUGUGCCAACAACAGCCAAAGUUCUUGUAGCAAAAGGUGGAGUUGCUGAUCCAUUGAUUGAUGUUCUUGUUGAGCGUGGUAUAGUUACACGUGAUCGCAUUGUUCAAUUUGAUAAAGACAUUCGUCCCAAUUACUUUGCGAAUAUUGUUUAUCGUAGUGAUUCUUGGCCCUAUUUGAGAGACAAAGACAAUUCUCACUAUAUUCACGACCGAACAGAUAUGCAACUCGUUCAUCGAGUUAUGGCCACUGAUAAACUAGCAGCAACUGACAAAAAAGAUUGCAUCAUUCUCAUAAAAAGAAGAGAUGGAGAUGCUCGAUCAAUUAUUGAACAUUUAGAUCUGAUUGCAUUUAUGUCAUCAGCACUCAAUAAAUCUAAAAUGUCGUCGGAUCUUCGUAUCGAAAUCUUCGAAGCUCGAGGACAUAUUCGUGAUCACAUUGCAUUGUUUCGUCGAGCUCGCAUAAUUGUUGGUCCUCAUGGUGCUGGAAUGAUGAAUAUACUAUGGUCAUCACCAGAAACACAUGUAGUUGAGAUUGGAUACACGACUGGAAUGACUUUUCCUGAAAUGUAUGCUGAAAUGAGCCUUCAUUUGGAACAUCACUAUUGGAUCUGUAAAGGUCAUGGUGAUUAUUCCGCUCCCAUUAACGUUGACAUGGACGAUUUCAUGUAUAUUUUCAAUCAAAUCAUGCAUGAAAUAGAAAUAGAGAAAGCACGAUCUUGA